AUGUCGCUGACGGACAGAGUGCAGAACGUGGCGGUGUUUGGAGCCACCGGAAUGACGGGGCUGGCCACGCUGCCCCAGGUGACCGCUGCAGGGUACAACGCCACAGUACUAGUGCGGGACCCCUCCCGUCUGCCCUCGGACCACGGGGCGUCCCGAGUGGUGGUGGGGGAUGUGCUGAACAGAGAGGAUGUGAGGAAGACACUAGAGGGACAGGACGCCGUCAUCAUCAUCUUAGGGACCAGGAGCGACCUGAGUCCCACCACCAUGAUGUCAGAAGGCACCCGCACAAUCCUGGAGGUGAUGAAGGAGCGAGGCAUCCGCAAGGUGGUGGCCUGCAUGUCAGCCUUCCUGCUGUGGGAGCGUUCCAAAGUGCCGCCCCGCCUUGUCCCGCUGACUGAGGACCACGAGCGCAUGUACUCUCUGCUGCAGAGCUCAGGCCUGGACUAUGUGGCCAUCAUGCCCCCCCACAUCGGAGAUGACCUUCCGCUGACUGCCACGUACCAGGCCACAGAAAACAUGCUGCGUGGACGAGCCAUCUCCAAACACGACCUUGGACAUUUCUUUGUCCAGUGCUUGUCUACAACCCGCUGGAAUGCCAAGACUGUGGCAGCUUCACCUCGGCACGAACCCACAUCUCACCUCGGAUAUGACAGCUCCCACUCCCGUCUCCCACUUCUAUCUCCCCACUCCCGUCUCCCACUCCCGUCUCCCACUUCUAUCUCCCCACUCCCGUCUCCCACUCCUGGCUCCCACUCCAGCCUCCCCACUCCCGUCUCCCCCUCCCGUCUCCCCCUCCCGUCUCCCCCUCCCGUCUCCCCACUCCAGCCUCCCCACUCCCGUCUCCCCCUCCCGUCUCCCCCUCCCGUCUCCCCCUCCCGUCUCCCCCUCCUGCCUCCCCACUCCUGCCUCCCCCUCUCCUGUCUCCCCUCUCCUGCCUCCCCCCCCUGCCUCCCCCUCCUGCCUCUCCCUUUCCUGCCUCCCCCCACUCCUGUCUCCCCUCUCCUGCCUCUCCUCUCCUGCCUCUCCCUCUCCUGUCUCCCCUCUCCUGCCUCCCCCUCCUGUCUCCCCCCUCCUGACUCCCCUCUCCUGCCUCCCCCUCCUGUCUCCCCCCUCCUGACUCCCCACUCCGCCGCAGAUCCAUACUUCUCAUCUUCAUCCACACCCGCACUGCUAACGUUCCCGCUCUCUGCCUUCCCCCUCCCGUCUCCCCCUCCCAUCUCCCCACUCCUGCCUCUCCCUCUCCUGCCUCCCCACUCCUGCCUCCCCCCCCUCCUGCCUCUCCUCUCCUGCCUCUCCCUCUCCCGUCUCCCCUCUCCUGCCCCCCCCUCCUGCCUCCCCCCCUCCUGCCUCCCCCUCCUGCCUCCCCCCUCCUGCCUCCCUCUCCUGUCUCCCCUCUCCUGCCUCCCCCUUCUGUCUCCCCUCUCCUGCCUCUCCUCUCCUGCCUCUCCCUCUCCUGCCUCUCCCUCUCCUGCCUCCCCCUCCUGCCUCCCCCCCUCCUGCCUCUCCCCUCUCCUGCCCCCCCCCCCCCCCCCCCCUCCUGCCUCCCCCCCUCCUGCCUCUCCCCCUCCUGCCUCCCCCCUCCUGCCUCCCCCUCCUGCCUCUCCCCUCUCCUGCCUCCCCCUCCUGCCUCCCCUCUCCUGCCUCCCCCUCCCCGCCUCCCCCUCCUGCCUCCCCCUCCUGACUCCGCCGCAGAUCCAGACUUCUCAUCUUCAUCCACACCCUGCUAACGUUCCCGCUCUCUGCAGCACACACAGGGGAAAGGAGACAGCGAGAGAAGAAGAGAAAUGUAAGAUCUAUCAUUGUGACCUUUUGAUGGUGACAAGUGCGAGAGCGCCGCCGCAGAAGCCGCCGCACACGCCUCUGUCUCACCCCAGCUCUGAAGCCGGAGCACUUUGA